AAAUAGAGUGGCAUAAUUGUGGAUAAUCUAUCUGCUUCUAUCUGCAACUGCAAAUAUCUACUUCUCUGCUCCGUCCUACUCCUUCGCCGCCGACCAACUCCGGCAGGAUGAAUCUUGUAUGUUCAAAUACCCAUUUAGCCAUAUUGUCCGUCUCCAUUUAUCACCGUCCCUCUCAAAGUUGUAAUUUUAAGCUUUGCUUUCCCACUAGUCUUGACACGAGGUGUUGUGUUGUCUCGGCUACCUCAUCCAAAUUCUACGAAAACAAAGGAAUUAAUUCAACUCUCGCUUCUCAAAGCAGGUACACAGAUUUAAAGGACAAUGUGCCUAGAAGCCUGAAUAUUCUUGAGGAGCAGCUGAGGGACUUAUUUAAUGAAGUCCAUGCCAUGAUAAGAAUAGGGAAGGAAAAUGAGGCCAGAGAUCUGCUUCUAGCAAAUUUUGAAGCUGUCAAAGGACAGAUGGAUGCAGGUAACAAGGGUAUAGAAGAAGCUGCUAUUCUUGAUGUAAUAGCCUUGGGGUACAUGGCCCUUGGAGACAUAAGGACUGUCAAACCCCUGUUGGAUGUGUUGAGUGAGAUUGUUGGUGACUUGAAAGAUGAGGAGCCUCUUCUGGACUCGAUACUCACACAUAUGGGUAAUAUGUAUGAAAAGUUAGAAAAUUUUGAGAUGUCCAUUUGUCUGUAUGGAAGAGCUAUCAAAGUUGUUGAGAGACUAUAUGGAAACACCAGUUCUUUUAUCGUCACUCCAUUGUUAGGGAUGGCAAAAGUCCUGGGAUCUAAUGGAAAGACCAAAAAAGCAAUAGAAACAUGUCAUCGCGUGGUUAAAAUUCUUGAAUCUAGCAGGGGUGAAGAAAGUGAGGAACUGGUAGUGCCUUUAUUUGGCAUGGGCAAUCUUCUUCUGAAGGAAGGGAGAGUGACUGAUGCAGAAAAUGCUUUUAAUAGAAUUUUGACCACGUACGUGAAGUUAUAUGGAGAAAAUGAUGGCAGAGUUGGACUGUCUAUGAGUUAUCUUGCACGUGUGAAAUGUGCAAAAGGAGAUGUGAAUGAAGCCAUUGAUCUGUAUAAAGAGGCUCUUCGCAGGCUGAAGGUUUCUGAUUAUAUAGCCAUAGAUGAUAAAAUAAUGGAGAAGAUGAGAGUAGACUUGGCUGAAUUACUUCAUGCAGUUGGAAGAGGUGAAGAAGGCCGUAUGCUAUUGGAGGAGUGCUUGUUGAUAACUGAGAAGUUCAAGGGAGAAGGGCAUCCCAGUUCAGUCUCUCAUCUAGUGAAUCUAGCCACUUCUUAUUCACAGUCCAAACUUUUUGCAGAAGCUGAGCGCUUGCUAAGGAUGAGUUUGCAGAUUAUGUUGAAGAAUGUUUCACCUGAUGAUCAAUCCAUUACUUUCCCAAUGCUGCAUCUUGCAGUUACUCUCUACAAUCUAAACCGUAAUGAGGAAGCCGAAAAAUAUGCAUUAGAGGUUCUACAAAUCCGCGAGAGGGCAUUUGGAAAAGAUUCUCUACCAGUUGGGGAGGCUCUUGACUGUUUGGUCUCCAUUCAGACCCAGAUGGGGAAGGAUGAUGGUGAAUCGCUGGAGUUGCUCAAGAGGGUACUGAAAAUUCAAGAGAAGGCUUUUGGUACUGACAGCGAGGAAGUUAUUGAAACACUUAAAAAAGUUGUUUAUUACUUGGAGAAGAUGGGGAGGAAACAUGAGAGACUCCCUCUGGAAAGAAGAUUAUCAAAGCUUCGAACUAAAUAUAAGCAAAUGGUUCAAUAGUAAAGAUCCUACAAGGCCACAUGUUUGAUGUGUAAUUGCUCUCAUGCUAUUAGCGGUGUCAGAUCAUUAUAUUGUGGUUGUGCUGAAAGAUAAACAUAUCUUUCUAUUGGGAGUUUGCAUGCCUCAGUAGGAAAAGAGACACUGGAGUAUAGCACAUGGUUGGGCUUCUUGCUGCCAUGGUGGACAAGGUAGGCAGACAAAACUAACAAAGAUAAAAUUACAGCAUAUGAAAGAAAUUCUUCUUAGCUAUAUCUAUCCUAGAGUGUAGAAGUGAUAUUUCAGAGAACAUUCAGAACCAGAUAUGAAAGUUCAGGGGACAGAGUUAUUGACAAAUGAAUACUACCAAAAGGUGUGAAAAUGCAUUCAAGAUGUCUACCCAAAUGGUACAGUGUCCACAUUCCAACUACAAUCUGAUUGACUACGAUGUACAAUGUAGUUGAACACUGGAAAAUGAUAGCAGUCUGAUCAUCUUUUGGCAAUGAAAAAUGUCACUGCUGACUCCUUUUGACUCCCUUUACAUGAGACGGUGCCAUUGAGUUACUUGGUUGAAAUACAAUUGGUGGUGCAUAAAGAAUCUUCGUAGACUACAGCUGCAAGUCUGCAAGGUAACUGGUUAAUCUGAAGUUUGAAGAAGCCCUUGCUCUUUCGACGUACAGUGGAAUGCUCCAUAGACAGGCUCCAGCUAUAAGUCUGCAACAUAACUGGCUAAUCGGAAGUUUGAAGAAGCACAUGCUCUUUCUUUUCAAUGUAAUGUUGUAAGAAUAGCAAAAAGACAUCAUUUAGCCUACACUUAGUAAUGAUUUCUGGUGGCAAAGACAGAGAUAUUGCACUACCCAAUGUCCAGAUUCUUGAAAUUUAUUGCAGUUCUUGUAUUUGAGCUAUUCUUUUAAUUUGGAACUGAAUUAUUGAUGUGAAGAACAGAUUAUCAUUUGUCACAGAAAUACAGUGAAUCAUAUCAAAAUAA